AUGUCUGAGCCCAGGCGGUCCACGAGGGCGCGCGCUCGUGAAGAGGCAGCUCCAGCGCCCGAAACACCAAAAGAGAAGCCUGCCAAAGGUGCCAAAUCCGCAUCCACGCUCAAGCGCAAACGAUCCAGUGUCGUAAUUGCAGACCCGACGCCGGCAACGGACAGCCCCCAAGCUCCCAAGCAGACACUUCCUCUCCGAAUCACUGAAGGCCAACCGCUACCGACGCUUCCCGAACCACAGCCUCUCGAACUGCCCACAAGCGAAUGGCAGGACAUACAGCAGAGCGGCGUGCUCAGCGCCUCGAUGGAGCGGUCGCGGGCCGUCUGGGUGUCCGGCGUCAACUUCCGAGUCUUCCACAAGUUCUUCAACCAGCCGAAGAAGCCCGCUGAUCGCACUGAGGAGGACAAGGCCAGACAUGCACGACAGAAGAAUCUUUUGAGGGACUUCCCGGAGCUGGGCGUCAUUCCUCAGUCCAAGGACUCGGUCAAUUCGGCCAAGGAGAUCCCGAUACAAGCGCAGCUGGUCAUCGAGCCUCACACAUUCCCCAUCAGACUCUAUGCGCCCAAGGAAUCGAUGAAGCAUGUCCCCAAGAAGCCGUCGCUACCUGCCUCGUAUGGGUCGUGGCCGAAUCACAACCAGCCGCAACAUAGCCAGCCGAACCAAUACACACAGUACAACAGCCAAGGACAGCCUGUCUAUCAACAGAAGCCACCACCACCACGCCCGCCCCCACCGAAGCCUGUACAGAAAGCGCCCCCACCGACGCCUGGGCCAGCCAGCACGCCCGCUCCAGACCCCGUCAUUCACAUGUUGGCGCAACGAGCAGGCGUAGAUCCUGAACUCAAGUCAGUAAUGAAGAUCGUGGCAGCUGGACAGGCAUCAAAAGAACAGCUCGAGUUCUUCCAGUCUCACAUCAAUGAGCUGACAGCUGUGCUGGCGAAGCAGAAAGAAGAAGCAGCGAAAGCAGGCAAAGCUUUACCAGCAUCCACGACGCCCAAAGCCGUUGCCCCGUCUCCCGCCCCGAAAGCUCCCACGACUUACCGACCACUUGUUUUCACAUUCGAGGAGGGUAACAAAGACUAUCUGCAUUUUCCGUCAUACAGCUUCUUGGAGUGGCUACCGAACAUGUCUGGGGCAAAGAUAUCGUUCUUAAUCACGAAGAUGAAGCCGAAGCUGGAACAGGACGUCAGUGUCAAGCCUCCAUCGACACCAGCUCCGAAAGCCAUGGCGCCCCCAACAGGAGCUACACCAAGCGGAACUCCGAACAUGGAAACACCCAACAUGACCUUUGCGCAAACGCCAAACGGCCAGAUGACGCCCUUCCAACCAUCUGUCCCGCCAACACCCACUCCAUUUAUUCCACAGCCUCGCAUAGAAGACUUUGAUGAGAAGAACGACAUUGCUGACAUCGAAUUCUAUCAGCCUGUCACAGUCCUCUUGCUCACAGAUAACAUGGACAUCAAGACUUCGCUAGCGCGCGCCAUACGGCCUCCAGACGUCGUGGAGAAGUACAUGGAUGAGGUGUUUGACAAGUGCAAGCGCGCGAGCGAGACCUAUCUAGCAUUUAGAUUGCCUCGCGAUGGCGACGCAGAGCAACAUGCAGAGAAGAGAGUACGAAGUGGUGACGGCACACCUGUAGUUGCGACGCCGACUAUGGAUCGCCGGUUUAGUUUCACGGCGUCAAACUGGGGCUCGACGCUGAGUGGAGCAGAGAAGAAAAAGGCCGGACGACCUAGGAAGAGUCUUGUCUGA